AUGGCUCAUGAUACUGAUGAGAAAAAGAGUGAGAAUGAGGGGGAAUCUAGAAAGGAAAAGGAAAGUGAGGCAGAAAAUAAGUUAGGUGAACAAGUGGAAGAUUCUGGAGAGAAAGAAAAAGAUAGUGAGGAAGAAUGUGACUCUGAGGGUGAUGAUGAGGAGGUCAACAGUGAUGAGGAUGAAUUACCCUUGUCUAAAGUAGGGAAGAAUAUCAAGAAGGCCCCUAUGAAAACAACAAAAUCAGUUAUCCCUGCAAGAAAAGAAGUGGCCCCUCCUACUCAGACUCAUCUCAUAAGGAGUAAAAGAAAGGCUAUUGAUGAGAAGAUCAUUAAGGAGUCCAGAGGUGCCAAGAAGCCAAGAAAGAAAGCUCUUAUUGUUGAACUUGUAGUUGAGUUGGAUGAAGGGAAUAAGUUUUACUCUACUCUGAAAGCGGACACCAGCACAAAAGAGGAAGGUUGUUAA